UGAUAUCGGUUCUUUGUUGUUGUACUUGCUGCUGUUCUGGUACUGGCACUGAUAUGAAAAACCCAAGGGUGUCAGCAUUGCUGGCCCUGUUGGCAUUGGAGUUCAUAUCUUGUACUCUACUGACCUCAGCUGCGUUUGUGCAGGUGGUGGUGUUCACGGCAAGCUUGGCAAAGUAUGCAGACCCACUUCUCGACCUCUUGGACUCCCAAUCGGUGGUGCGUGCACGCCUGUUUCGCGACUCGUGUUGUCCAUAUGAGGGCAAUUACGUCAAGGAUCUAUCAGUGCUGGGGCGUGACCUUCACAGUGUUAUCAUCAUCGACAACUCUCCGCAUUCCUAUGUCUUCCACCCUGAGAAUGCUGUCCCAAUAUCCACGUUUAUUGAUGAUCCUAAUGAUCAGGAACUCAUCGAACUCAUACCAUACCUCAAUGCCAUUGCAGAAGUUGACGAUGUCCGGCUUGUGUUGGCGCACUUUCAUAAUGACAGAUAACCUGGAAAGCCUGAAGCCAGAAUGAGGGGAAAGGGACACUCCAAAGUUCACUGAACCUGCGAUGGAUGCUUAACAUCCAUGAUUCACCUUCAAUUCAGUCAAGAGGCUGUGCAGUCUCGCUCUGAAAUGAAAGUUCGUUAUUUCGAGUUAUGGUUGGUAAUGGGAAUGGUGAUCAGCAGGCGGGUCGUUUUUUUUUUUUCUUCUGGAAGAGUUGAAAGGGCCUUUGCCAUAUUGUGUUUGUGAUCACUGUUUCUUCUGAAUGACAGUUUUGGAAGUACUGUUGAUGCAUCAGCAGGGCUCUCUAUCCUUUUUCUUGUAUAUAUCACUGACUCUUGAAGCACAGAUUCGAAUCGCAUGUUUUCACCCCUUCCAAGAUACCAGUUGUCUGAUGCAUGUAUGAUUUUAUUUUUUUUAAAGUAAACACCCAAGCGGGAG